ACGUGCGGAACGUGUUAAUACCAAAUUACAACACCGUAGUUUUAAAUAUGUUCGUGUACGUUUAAAGAAUGUGUUUGGAUAAGUUUAUCGUCAUUGUUUUCAUUUCCAUGAUACGAUCGCCGCGCUUGACUUUCCACGAGUUGCGUGCCGUGAGCCUUGUAAAAUGUCUCAUUAAAGUUAAUAUGAUUUUAACGUUUGUGAAAAACUGUCGUGGCUGAAUACUCCACGUUGUCGGACACACUGACGACUAUUUAAAACAAUCACUCUUGUUUUUUACUCGUGAUUAAUGUAUCCAAAAGCUACAGGAAACAAAGAAGUAUUGCGACAAUGUUUGUUGGGACUGGUAGUGACAAUCGAUUGUUUCAUAGGUGGGACGGGUUUAAAUUUCUCGGCCACUUUAUUACCUCAACUGAAUAAAGAUGAUUCUUCAUUGAAGAUUACUGAAGAUCAAGGCACAGGAUUGGUGAUUAAGUUGCAUAAGAAUUGGUUACCAUUUUGUAAUUUUUUGUUUUCUUUAAACAGCAUCUGUAUUAAUCUUAGCCUGCCUCCCGGAACCAUCGUGGGCACGUUCCUAGUUGAAUUAAUUGGUCGUAAAUGGACUUACGCCUUGGUAGCAUUGUCCAAUUCUACAUCAUGGUUGAUAAUCGCAACGAGUUCCGGAGUUUCACAACUUAUACUAGGCAGGAGUCUACUGGGUUUUGCCCUAGGCAUGAGCUAUCCAGCUUGUUACUGUUUCAUUGGCGAAGUAGUAAUGGUAAAAUAUCGCAGUAUGUUGUUGAACAUAAUCAACAUCGGCGGUACCUUCGGAAUGCUAUUCUCUGAUUUAAUGGGCACGUUUUACUCCUGGCGCGUUGCGGCGUAUGUUAUCACCGCCUUGGGACUGACAUAUUUCUGUAUAUUGCUGUACUUGAAAGACACUUACGUCUGGUAUUUGAAUCACAAUCGUAUUGAAGAAGCGCAACAUGCGUACUUUUGGUACGUAAGAGAAUCGCCUGCGAAUGCACAGGAUUAUAACGAUAGAGUAAACCAGGUUAAGAUAAGUCAAGGGAUAUCCUUUCGGAUGGUGGCGAGAGAAUGUAAAAAACGAGAGUUUAUCAUUCCGUUGUUCAUCAUGUUCUGGUUUUCGUCCACUGUGGUGUUUACAGGUGGUUCCGGUAUAGCUUUAUACUCAGUUACAAUAAUGGAUAGGGUUGUCAACAUGGAUGAAUACAUCACAACGCUUAUUAUUGAUGUCAUUAGAAUUCUGGCGGCGUUAGUUACGAUUUUGGUUUUGAAGUAUUUUCCAAUUCGUUGGAUUAUAAACACUUCUUCAGUGCUAUGCGCAACUUUUUUGUUGGUGUUCUCAGGUUCAUUGUACUGGGAAUCAUCUUGGAUUGGCUUUCAAUGGAUUGCUUUAGUGGCAAUUGUCUCGUUUAACUUCUUUUACAGUCUGGGAUAUAUUAAUAUUAACAAUAUAAGUUUAGGGGAAUUAUUUACCGGAAUUACGAAAUCAGUCGGUACGACAAUAUCUGUCAUGCAUCUUUAUUGCAUGAAUUUUAUAAUAGCACAGUUGAUACCAAAAAUGUUUGCAAAUUUAGGAAAUGUUUGGACGUUUUUAGUGUUUGCCAUUUGUAAUAUUAUUGGAGGUGUGGGAUUGUUUUUGUUUAUGCCUGAAACUAGAAAUUUUACUAAUGAACAAAUCAGGGAAAACUUUCGAAGUUUUGGCAAGAAUAAAAUAAACAAGAUGUAAAUUUUAAGUUAUUGUAUGAUGUUGAUUUUACAAAUAAAACUUUUUUUGAACGAAUAA